CAGCAGUACUUCUAGGGUCUCAGCCGCCACUUCAUCUCAGAACCCUCCCCCUGCACCCCAGAGUCCCCGCUCCUCAGAAACAUGAACCUUCUCCUGCUGACCUUCACAGCUGGGCUUCUCACACCAGCCCUGAGCCUCACCUGCCACGUGUGCGACAAGGACACCCCCUCCUGCUCUGAGUCCUUCGACCAGUGCCCCUCUGAUGGCCAUCGGUGCGCGUCCUGGAGCACCACCACGUCUGUUCCCCUGACUGGCCAGGACUUGGAAGUGUACUUACAAGGCUGUGUGUUGCCUGACCAAUGCUCUUCGAUGUCGUACACCGACGGAAAAACCCGACAUGUUGUCAACGUUGAGUGCUGUAACACGGACAGAUGCAACAGCCAAGCUGUGACCGGCCGCAGUGUGAACAACAACAAUGGCCGUCAUUGCUACUACUGUAAUGACAAUACCUGCAAAGCCACUUUGAAUUGCACUGGGAGUGAGGACCACUGCUUCACCAACACAGUGUAUGAUGGUGGAGUGGCAGCAGUGAGCCGGGGCUGCGCCUCCAAGCAGGUGUGUGACUCAUCGCAGAGUGCAAAGGGCCUUCUAGAGCUCACAGGCAGCAUCCACUGCUGUCAGGGUGAUCUCUGCAACGGGGCCCUGGGCUCUGGCACCAGCCUUGUCCUGCUGGCGGCUCCUCUGCUGAGCGCCGCGUUGCUCUGAGCCAGUCACAUGUGACCCAGUCACACGUGACCCUGCCGACCCCUCGGUCCGACCCUGCGCUUCAAGAUGGGAGCAACUGCUUUAGUUUGACCACUGUAAUCGAAGCUGUUUAUAAAGUUUAUCCUUCAUUCUGUGCAUCAAAUACUCAUUUAUAACAGACAAGUCAGCUGCUGUCGCUAGAGUUCUAUCGAUGCUUCAUGUCAGAGCAUGGCCUCGUGUUCCUCUGGAGAAAAGUUGUUCUUGCUUUGGAAUAAAAUCUCUUGUUGGUACCUUUCUUUCAUCUCAGACGACGGUGAACCCGGUAGGUUUUUUUUUUUUUUAAACGUCUGAUGAGCUCAUACCAAACUAAAAAAGACAAGUCAUCAUUGCUGACUGCAAGAUCUGCAUGUUAGCUGUUAUUAUGAACUGAAAAUGACUUGAGUGCUGUGGUUAUUAAAAGUCACGGAGAGGCUUCAGUCAGAUCAACAGAAACAGCUCUGAACUAUUCUGUAUUCUUUUGCUGUAUCUAAUUCGCAUCACGAAAAUAUUCUGGCAUCAAAAUUGAGUGUUAAAAUACGUCAGGAAAACAGUGUUGUCAAUUCUCACAGAGGAACUGCUUUCCUCGUGAUCAAACUUUAUU